AUGAUUGUUCCCUGUGAAUUUGAGGAAUUUUGUGGAAAUGUAAGUAGGCGCGCUCCCGUCCCCGAGCAGCAGCAUCAGCAGCAGCAUGAGAGGAUGCGCGCUCCCGUCGCCGCCGAGAGCUCCUCGUUCGCCAUCCCGGCCAGGAGACCCAGCUCGUCACGGAAGUGUGUUGAUCCGCUGGUCGCUCCCCUGUAUGCCCACUCCUUCCUGGCCUCGUCCAGAUAUAACUUCAUAUACUCUGCUAACUUCGCCAAGCUCUAUGGCAGCAGUGGCUGGUCCCCCUCCCCCAUCGACAGGCAGCCGUGGCUGCAGAUCGAUCUGCCCUACCCCAGGAAGUUCCGCAUCACCGCCAUCUCCACCCAGGGCACCUUCAACUCCUACGACUGGGUCACCAAGUACAUGGUGCUGUUCGGGGACCGGCCUGACGCAUGGACCCCUUAUGUCAUGAAGGGCGGAAACAUGACAUUACCAGGGAACUGGAACUAUUAUCAAGUGAAGAGGAACGUGUUCCACUACCCCUUCACAGCCAAGCACGUACGGUUCCUUCCCAUGGGCUGGAACACGGAGAAUGGGGGCAAGAUCGGAGUACGGUUGGAGCUCUACGGCUGCGAAUAUGACUCAUAUGUCAUGCACAUGGAGGGUGACGACAUGGCGGCCUACACGUUCCCUUCCACGUUCCGCACGCUGCAGGACCACUUUGCGCUGAACUUCAAGACCCUGGAGAGGGACGGGGUGCUGCUCCACAGCGUGGGGGAGCAGGGGGACCUCAUCACUCUGGAGCUGAAAGGGGGCCGCCUCUACCUGCACAUGAGUCUCGGAAGCAGCACUGUGCACCAGACAGACGGCCUGACCACCAUGAGGGUGGGGAACCUGCUGGACACCCAGCACUGGCACUACGUCACCAUCAAACGCUACGCACGGCAGGUCAACUUCACACUGGACAGCCAGACCGAGACCACCGUCCUCAAUGGGGAGUUCAACUACCUGGACCUGCACUCUAAGUUGUAUGUUGGUGGGGUGAUCGAGAAGGACAUGCCCCAUCUGCCUGGUAGGCCAAACUUCCGAGGUUGCCUGGAGAAUGUCUUCUUCAAUGGGAUAAACCUCAUCAAAAUGACACGCUACCAGGAGCCAGAGAUCCAGCUGGCGAAGGGAAAGACUAAGAUGCACUACACCUGUCGUGACCUCCUGUGGAAGCCCAUGACCUUCAUCGGGCCCAACAACUACCUGCAGGUGCCCGGCUUCUACCGCAAGCACCGGCUGGCCGUCAGGUUCAAGUUCCGCACCUGGGACUACACGGGCCUGCUGAUGUUCACGCGCUUCGCAGACGACCUGGGCUCCCUGGAGCUGGGCCUGAGUGAGGGCCAGGUCAACAUCACUCUCUUCCAGCCAGGGAAGAAGAGGCUCCGGUUCGCUGCAGGCUACCGCCUGAACGAUGGCUACUGGCACUCUGUGGACCUGGCUGCCAAGGACAACCUGUUGUCGGUGACGAUAGACGAGGACGAGGGCUCGCCCCUGAAGAUCACCAACCCCUUCAUGGUGCGCACCGGAGACCGCUACUUCUUCGGGGGCUGUCCGAAGACCAAUAACACGGGCCGGUGCGUGACGAAGCUCAACACCUUCCACGGCUGCAUGCAGCAGAUCUUUAUAGACGACGAACCGGUGGACAUAGACAUCAUGCUACAGCGGAAAUGGGGACGCUACACUGAGCUACUGCUGGGGACCUGUGGCAUAACGGACAGGUGUACACCGAACCCAUGUGAGCACGAAGGACGAUGUAUCCAGUCUUGGAACGACUUCCUGUGUGUGUGUGAAAACACGGGAUACAAAGGAGAAGUGUGUCACACUUCGGUGUAUAGGGAGUCCUGUGAGGCGUAUCGACUCAAUGGGAAGUACUGGUCCGGAAACUACACCAUAGACCCAGACCUCAGCGGCCCACUGAAGCCCUUCAUGGUCUACUGCAAGAUGACACCGUUCAAAUCAUGGACGAUAAUAGAGCAUGAUCGAAUUGACUACACCAAGGUGUCGGGCUCGUCUAUAGACCAGCCGUACAUAGGUGAGGUCACCUACGUGAACGCCACCUGGGAUGAAGUCAGUGCGCUGGCCAACACGUCGCUGUACUGUGAACAGUGGAUCGACUUCUCAUGCUACAAGUCCCGCCUCCUCAACACACCCAAUGGAAGACCAUACAGCUUCUGGAUUGGUCGCAAUAACGAGAGCCACGAGUACUGGGGAGGGGCUUUCCCAGAGAGCGGGAAGUGUGGCUGUGCCAUCAACCACACCUGCACAGACCAGAAGUUCCAGUGCAAUUGCGAUGCAGACUAUCGUCAAUGGUACUCCGACAAGGGCUACCUGAUGUUCCGAGACCACCUGCCCGUCAGGAAGCUGGUUAUUGGGGACACCAACCGCACAGGCUCAGAGGCUCAGUACAGCCUCGGCCCGCUCCGUUGCCAUGGAGACCGAAGCAUCUGGAAUACGAUAGCCUUCACCAAGCCCACCUACAUCACUUUCCCCACGUUCAACCCCGGUCCCAGCGCUGACAUCACGUUCCACUUCAGAACGUACCGCUCCAGCGGAGUGUUUGUGGAGAACGCGGAUGACCACCAUCGGAACUUCCUUCGAGUGGAGCUCAACUCUACAAAUGAAGUGAUCUUUGUGUUCAUGGUGGGAGACGGCAUAAUGAACAUCUCCCAUCGUUCCCCGCGUCCUCUCAACGACAACGAGUGGCAUUACGUGGAGGCCGAGAUUAACGUCAAGAUGGCCAGGCUGAAGGUGGACUUUUACCCAGCAGCCAUCAGGAAGUUCCCAGGCCAGACCUUCGUCAGCAUGCAGUUCAGCCAGCCUCUGCUCGUAGGUGCUGCCAACCACACGCUGAGGCCGUUUCUGGGCUGUUUACGUGGGCUUCGUCUUAACGGCGUGCCGCUCGACCUGGAGGGAAAAGUUGACGAGGAGCAGGGGAUCCGGCGAAACUGCACGGGGUCUUGUCUGAACCCUCCCAUCCCCUGUCGUAAUGGCGGCCAAUGCAUCGACGGCUACGCCGAAUACUGGUGUGACUGCAACAACACAGCGUUCGAUGGCUUUUACUGCCAUAAGGAUAUCGGGGCCUACUUUGAGGCGGGCUCGUGGCUCCGCUACGACAUGCGUAAGGAGCCCAUCUCGGAGGACGCCUGGUGGGCGCACUACUGGAUCGACCCCCACUGGCACAACUACAGCCUGGGCUACAACGACACCACGGACGACAUCGAGUUCAGCUUCAGCACGGUGCAGAAGCCAGCUGUCCUCCUCUACAUCAGCUCCUUCUACAAGGACUACAUCGCCGUCCUGCUCAAGAGUGACGGGAGUCUGGCUCUGAGGUACCGGCUGGGCCUGGUGAAGUAUAAAUACCAGCUGACCUACCGCAACCUGGCUGAUGGAUACCCACACUUCAUCAACAUCACCAGACACAACAGAACUCUCCGCACACAGGUGGACUACAUGGAGCCCUGGUAUGAGGUGGUGGCUCUGGAGGUAGAUGCCAGGUUUGACUCCCCCAAAUCCAUGUUCCUCGGAAGAGUCAUGGAGGUGGGUGACAUAGACCCUGAGAUCGCCUGGCACAACAGUCCGGGGCUGCAAGGCUGCAUCUCUGGCGUGCGCUACAACAUCUUCUCGCCGCUGAAAACACUAUUCCGGCCCAACGUAACGAAUCCGCCGGUGGUAACGCACGGCUAUGUGGUGGAAUCCAAUUGCGGCGCCUUCACUCCUAUACACGGCUACGUCCCGUGGGAGGUGGAUCCCUGGUGGACUGGACUAUUCUUCUACUAUAUCCACGAUGACGUGACUCCACCUUGGAUGACCCUAAUCAUCGGCUCUGCGGCCAUCCUCCUGUUCCUCAUCCUGUACGGGCUCUACCUGUACCUGUACCGCUACAAGGGCAGCUACACCACCAACGAGCCCAAGCACCCGGAGUCCCCCAGCAGCUCGCGGCCCCUCACCGAGCCCCCCACCAAGGAGAAGGAGCUGCCCGACGUCCAGGAGGGCUAGCGUUAGCGAUAACUCUCACUCUGUCUCUCUGUCUGUCUGUCUGUCUCUCUCUCUCUCUCUGUCUCUCUCUCUCUCUUUCUCUCUCUCUCUAUCGUCC